GCGUGUUCCGGUUCAGAGAUGCUCAGGGCUUAGGGUUUUGGGGCAGCCUUGGGGCACCGCGACAUGCUAGCAAUACCCUCCCUUGUUUACUGACAUCAAAGCCUUUCCGGCACGGGUCGAACACUCUCGGAAGAUUUCUGAAUUUGUUUUCUAGGGUUCUGGCUGAGUGUAAAAGUGGAUUCCUUUGAGCACUUCAUGGGUUGUGAUACCCUCGAUCCGAUGAUUGAGGACAAAGCCACUCACCAACCCACACCACAGAAACAGAUGUGGAGUGAACAAAAGCAGGCUGCCGUUCAUGAAGAAAUAAGUAGAAUGAACCAACUUCCUGCAAAAAGUACAUAUGUUGCACAUCGUAUGAGGGUUCUUAAUAAAAUCCUGCAACUUAUCUCAAUGCAGAGAACUGCAGAACAGGAGCGGGAAUUGGAGUUGCUCUUUGCUGGGCUGUCUCUAUAAAAGGAUUUGUCUUGGCAUUUGGCCUCCCGUUUAAUUCAGAUGAUUUUGCUGCAGAACAUCAGACAAUGGAUAUCAUGAAGUGGUGUUAGUUAAAGUAAAACCCUGUUCAUAUGUAUAGAUGUGUUUGUAUUUUAGGUUUACUUAAAUAAAAUGCAUGUGCUUGAGUGCCUUUUCCGGUCAAUAAUUAUCUAUUCCUUUAGAAUGGACUUUUUUAUGACCUGACUUUAUAAUGGACUGAACACCUUUUCGACUUAA